AUGGCGCAACCCAAUGGAGAGCUGGAGCACUCGAAAGAGGUUGCUCAGGCUUCGCAAGAACCCACCAACGGCACCCAGCCCGAGGGUGUUACCGAGGAUGACAAUGCGGGUGGUCUCUUCCAGAUCUCCGUGAAGCUUCCUCAUGAGCCGCACAAGAUCCAGGUGAUGGUCUCUAGCCAAGAACAGGUCCAAGAUGUCCGCCAAUCGAUCGUCGAGCUGCCCGGUACCUUCCAGUACACAUGCUUCCAUCUUGAGUUCAACGGAACCCGCAUCAACGAUUUCGUCGAGCUGUCCGAGGUCCCCGACUUGAAGGCGAACUCCGAGAUCGUCCUGGUGGAGGAUCCCUACACCGAGAAGGAGGCUCGCAUGCAUGUUGUGCGAACCCGGGAGCUGGUUGGUGCUGCUGGUGACCGUGUGGAUAACCUUCACGGUAUCUCCGCUGGCCUUUCGCUGCACGAUGCCAUCUCGGCUGAGGCUGCUCAGGCUGGCGAGUCUGAAAAGGAUCACUCCCUCGCCAAGUACAACCUGACCGGCGAGUCCUCGCUCGAGACUAUCCUGCCCAAGGAACAGACUCCCCUCCCUAAGACUGUCAAGUCGAUCUCACUAUCACCGUGGAACCCGGUGCCCUAUAACCUUCGUCAAAAGGGCCACCUCCUCUACCUCCAGGUCAUCACCAACGAGGGUGAGCAGUUCCCCAUCACAUCCCACGUCUCGGGCUUCUUCGUGAACAAGUGCUCAAACACCAAGUUCGAUCCUUUCCCCCGAACUAUCAUGCCCAAGAAUGUCAAGGGUAACGCCCACUCUCUCCUCACUUUGAUCUCUCAGUUGUCGCCCUCCUUCAACACUGCAUUUGAGGCUCUGCAGGAGUCUAACAACCAGAAGGAUCUCCUGACCACCUUCCCCUUCCAAAACGCCAUUCCUAACAGCCCCUGGCUCGUUGCCCCCACUACUUCGAGCCAGAACGCCCACCAGGCGGAUAUCACUCGUUCUCAGGAGAGCUAUCUGAUCUCCGGUGUUGAUAAUGCCGAGACUCUGCGGGACUGGAACGAGGAGUUCCAGACUACCCGUGAGCUGCCCCGGGACACCGUUCAGGAUCGCGUGUUCCGUGAGCGCUUGACCUCCAAGCUGUUCGCUGACUAUAACGAGGCUGCUGCUCGUGGUGCUGUGUUGGUCGCCCGCGGCGAGGUCGCUCCUCUCAACCCCACCGAGGCUCGGGAUGCCCAGAUCUUCGUCUAUAACAACAUCUUCUACUCCUUCGGUGCUGAUGGCGUUGGUACUUUCACCUCCGAGGGUGGUGACGAGGCCGCUCGCGUCGCUGUUGGCAAGGACGUUCUGGGCAUCAAGGCUGUGAACCAGCUUGAUAUCCAGGGUCUUUUCACUCCCGGCACUGUCGUGGUCGACUACCUCGGCAAGCGUAUUGUCGGCCAGAGCAUCGUUCCUGGUAUCUUCAAGCAGCGGGAGCCCGGUGAGCACCAGAUUGACUAUGGCGGUGUUGAGGGCAAGGAGGUUGUGGCCACUCACCCUGACUUCCAACCUGUCUUCGAGAAGCUGUCCAAGGCCCUUCGCAUUAAGCAGCACCCUGUCUGGGACAAGGAUGGCAAGCGUCAUGAUCUCGAGGGUAGUGUUGAGACCAAGGGUCUCCUCGGUACUGAUGGACGCAAGUACGUUCUUGAUCUCUACCGUGUGGCUCCUCUGGAUGCUCUGUGGCAGGAAGAGGAUGGCAGCGAUGCCUAUCCCCACCGCAUGUCGGUUCUGCGUCUUGAGCUCGUUGAGUCGUACUGGCGUUCCAAGAUGAGCGCGUACGUCAAGGCUGAGGUUGAGCGUCGCAAGGCUGCCAAGGCCGAGGAGGGUUCGGAGGAGAAGACCGAAGAGAAGACUGAGGAGAAGACCGAGGAUCAGGACCGUGUUGACAUCUCUGGAUUCAACUUGGCCCUCAACCCUGAUGUUUUCAGCGGCCAGGUUCCCCAGACCGAGGAGGAGAAGGAGCAGUGGACCCAGGAUGAGAAGGAAGUGCGGGAAGCUUGUGAGCACCUGCGGUCCAAGAUCAUGCCUGACCUGGUUCAGGACUUGCAUGAUGGCGACGUUGGCUUCCCCAUGGACGGCCAAUCGCUUACCCAGCUGCUGCACAAGCGUGGUAUCAACGUCCGCUACCUCGGCAAGCUCGCCCAGCUCUCCGCCGAGAAGGGUCCCCGUCUCCAGGCUCUGUCUACUCUCCUGAUUCAGGAGAUGAUCGCCCGUGCCUUCAAGCACGUUGCCAACCACUACCUCCGCAAUGUUCCCGCCCCCUUCGUUGCUCCCUGCAUCACUCACCUCCUGAACUGCCUGCUGGGCACUGAUGUUAACGCUGCUCCUCGCCCUGAGAUCGACCAGUCUCUGCGUGAUAUCUACCCCGAGGGUGACUUCUCCUUCGAGAAGCUCACUCCCGAGUCCCUUCGCGUCGAGAUCGAGAAGCAGGUUUCCAUCCGCUACCGCUUCUCUCUCGCGGAGGGAUGGGUUAGCUCUCUGCGCCACCUGCAGCUCCUGCGUGACAUCUCUAUCAAGCUGGGUCUCCAGCUCGGUGCUCGCGAGUUCGCUUUCACCAAGGACCAGGUCAAGGAGCCGGCUCCUGUCACCAACGGCUCCAACGGUAGUGGCCAGGAGGAUGGUACCAACAAGAAGAAGAAAAAGAAGGGCGGUGACAACAAGUCCCCCACCCGCGCCCCCGUCCAGACCAAGCCGGCCGUGGCUGUCACUUUCACCACUGAUGAUAUUCUGAACAUCGUCCCGCUGGUCAAGGAUGCUUCCCCGCGCAGUGCUUUGGCUGAGGAGGCCCUGGAGGCUGGCCGCAUCUCGCUCAUGCAGAACCAGAAGCAACUGGGCCAGGAGCUCAUUCUGGAGUCUCUGUCUCUCCACGAGCAGAUCUACGGCAUUCUCCACCCCGAGGUCGCCAAGCUCUACCACCAGCUUUCCAUGCUGUACUACCAGACCGAUGAGAAGGAGGCCGCUGUGGAGCUGGCUCGCAAGGCUGUCAUCGUCACUGAGCGCACUCUUGGUGUGGAUUCCGCUGACACCAUUCUGGCGUACCUGAACCUGAGCUUGUUUGAGCACGCUUCUGGUAACACCAAGACUGCUCUGGUGUACAUCAAGCACGCCAUGGAUCUCUGGAAGAUCAUCUACGGUCCUAACCACCCCGACUCGAUCACCACCAUGAAUAACGCUGCCGUCAUGCUGCAGCACCUCAAGCAGUACGCCGACUCUCGCAAGUGGUUCGAGGCUUCCCUGUCCGUGUGCGAGAACCUGUUCGGCCCGCAGUCCAUCAACACUGCCACUAUCCUCUUCCAACUUGCCCAGGCUCUUGCUUUGGACCAGGACUCCAAGGCUGCCGUUGGCAAGAUGCGUGAAGCCUACAACAUCUUCCUUGCCCAGCUUGGUCCCGAGGACCGCAACACCAAGGAGGCUGAGACCUGGCUCGAGCAGCUCACUCAGAACGCCGUCUCCAUUGCGAAGCACGCCAAGGAUAUCCAGGCCCGUCGCCUGCGCCGCAUCAACAUCAACCCCCGCGUUUCCUCCAUGGGAACUCGGGUCCAGCCUCAGGUCGGUCAGACCGCUCCUGAGACUGUUGGUGCGGCCAGCACCUCUGCGUCUGGCCUGGACUCCCGCAACAUUGACGAUUUGCUGAAGUUCAUCGAGGGCACUGACCAGACCUCCUCGCGCUCCAAGAAGAAGCGCACCGCCGCCAACCCUAAGCUCCGUGGAUCUAAGCAGUCCAAGGCUUAA